GCUCCUAACCCUGGACGCGUCACCUUUUAUGGAGUUCGGCAGCAGCUGGAGGCCCACUGCACGCCACUGACCCACAAUGCACUGGGGCUGUAUUUAACAUGACAAGGACACAGAGAGCGACCAAAUUCUAUAUGUGGCGAGUGUGACUGUGCGAUCGUACGUGUCUGUGAAAUAGAGACAAAGAAAAUUGUUUUCCAGUAGUUUUUCUGCGUUUAACUAAUUAUUUUUUUUACCAGAGAGGACUACAGAAGAACCUGAAAAAUUACACACAUUUUAUUUACAUCUUAUUUUCCUAGUGGGAAGCUGUGUGCAUGUUGAGGGCUGACCUCCAUGGCAUCUGUGACCAGCUCUUCCUCCAGCCGCUCCUCCUCCUCCUCCUACCGCUCCUCGUCUCGCUACAGCAGCUGCAGCUCCUUCAGGUCGGAGGAGUCCACAGGGGGGCAAACGCUCGCCCCCCUAGGGCCCCUGCUGGAGCCCCCCCUAGGGCCCCUGCUGGAGCCCCCCCUGGGGCCCUUCCUGGACCCCGCAGCGCCCCACAGCAUGUUCGGAGAGGAGGACACCGUGGGGACUCUGUGUCGGGCCCCCUUCAGCCGACACCGCAGGGAGUCUCACGGUUACCAGGGUCCAUAUAAAGACGUGAUGACAACGAGAGAGGCUGGACUGUUGGGCGGUCACCAGGCAGUGAAGACAUCAGACUGUCUGAAACGGGAAGGGGGCGCUGUGUCGGGCCGGCCGGCCAGCAUGGGAGCGGUCAGGUCACUGGGGGACAGCUACUCCAUGUCAGCCGACGUCAGCCAGUUUGAACCCCACGACGUCGUUGUGAUGGCCUACAACCACCACAUAGUCAUCCAUGCAGAGAAGGUGCUGGAGGACGGGAGCAUUAGCAACACGUUUACCCACAAGUCCCUGCUCCCGGAGGAUAUGGACCCGCUUUCGGUCAGCGGCACGUUGACCCCCGAGGGUAUGCUGGUGGUCAGCGUCCGGAGGACCACACCCAUGGAGGGGCCUGACCCCCCCGCCCCCACCUACUACUCGGAGGCCCACCUUUAGCCCCGCCUCCCUCGAAUCUUUGACUUCCUACUGCUUUACUUUUCUAACGACUACUCAGUGACACCACCUUCAACAUGUGAAACUUUCUC